AUGAUAAAGGAACAGGCUAAAGUAUUUUUGGAUUGCAAAGAUGAAUUUAAUCAUACUAAAAAUCAAGUUAAGAUUGAAAAAGAAGUCAUAACACCAAUUACACAAUUACACGAUUUCGACGGAAGAGAGGAAGAUUGGCAAACUUUCGUAGAAUUAUUUAAAGAUUACGUACAUAAUAAUCGAAAUUUAUCAUCCUCAAUGAAACUUGACUAUUUAAGAUCUCAUAUUAAAGGGGAUGCGCGUAUGACUAUUAGUCAUCUAUUAUCUGGAACAUCAGCAAACUAUGAAGCUGCGUGGGAUACAAAUUUUGACAAAUUACUUGACAUGAAAACAAUUAACUCAUCAUCAGUUUUGAGCUUAAGAGACGCUCAUGAUCAAAUUAAACAAUGCAUUCAACUAAUUGAAUCUAAACAGGCAGAACCUAACUGUGACAGAUUAUACGCGCACAUAAUAAUAAGAAAAUUGGAUAAAGAAGGUAUUCAAUUAUAUGAACAAUAUAUUAAAAAACCAAGAGAAAUAAACACACUAAAAGAUGUAUUUGAAUUUCUGGAACAACAAUUCCAAACUCUGGAAGCCCAAAAUAGCCUUAAAACAUCAAGAAUAAACUAUAUUAAUCCACCAACUGACAUAAGAAUUCAGAACAAUACUAUCCAAUGUCAAUGUUGUAAUCAAUUAGGUCAUCGGAUGUAUAAUUGCAAACGAUUUAUGGACAUGUCGAUUGGACAACGAACAUCAUUAAUUCGCAAUAAACAACUAUGCGAGAUAUGUUUGAGUCAUAAUAAUCGCAUUAAAUGCAACUCUACACACAAAUGCAAAAAGUGUAAUAAAGCUCACAAUUCUCUUUUACACAUGGAAUACAAUUUAAAUCAACGUCAGCAAAACAGCAGAAACAACCCAAAAAUUAAUAAAGAAGGAAAAACUUAUUCAACAAUAAUAAAAGAUAAGAAACAAUUAACCUUACUUCCAACUGUAUUAAUCAGCACAAAAUCAUCAGAUGGAAAUAUUCAUCAAUUGAGAGCCUUGGUAGAUCAAGGUUCGCAAGUAUCAAUAGUGUCUGAGAAGGUAGUUCAAUUAUUGAUAUUAAAAAAAAUGAAACACAUGACCAAAUUGUCAGGGGUAUCUAACACAACGGUUGGUACAUCAAACGCUAGAGUCUUUAUGGAAAUAUCAUCAAGGUUUAGCAUCAAAAAGAAGAUAAAAGGGGAAUUUUUAGUAAUGUCACAUCUAGUAAGAUCAUUGCCAGAAGAAACAAUAGAAAUAGAAACCAAAAUUUGGGACAAUUAUAAACUAGCGGAUCCUGAAUUUAAUAAGAAUGGUUGUAUUGAUAUGAUAAUAGGAAGUGACCUUUAUCCAAAAAUAAUUAAAGAAGGCAUCAAAAAAUACAAUAACCUAAUAGGCCAAGAAACCAUAUUUGGGUGGAUGAUUUCUGGUCAAAUAUUAGCAGAUGCAGCUAGUAAUGAUGUUAUAUCAACUUUAAACUUAGAAAGAUUUUGGGAAAUAGAAGAAAUAGAAAAUGAAAAGGAAAUACCUAAUUCCGACGACGAAUUGUGCCUAGAUCUAUAUAAAACAACUACAAUAAAAGACACUGAUGGAAGAUAUAUUGUUCAAAUCCCCUUUAAAGAAGACUUGUCAUUAGGUAACUCAAGGAAGCAAGCAGUAGCCAGAUUAUUGAGCUUGGAGAAAAAUAUUAAUAAAAAAUUAAAAAAGGAGUACGUUGAAUUUAUGAGAGAAUAUGAACAAUUGGGUCAUAUGGUAAAAACUAAAGACCAAAAUAAAGGAUUAUAUUACAUGCCACAUGAAGCAGUAAUCAGAGAGGAAAGUUUAACGACGAAAUUACGAGUAGUAUUUGAUGCGUCCGCCAAAACAUCUAAUGGAAAAAGUCUUAAUAACAUAAUGAUGGCAGGUCCACGAUUGCAAAAAGAUAUUUUUGAUAUUAUAUUAAAAUGA